CAUGAUUGCAUAGAAACUAUUUGUCUUAAAACCAGCUGUCCUGUGAAAUACCACUUGUUAAGAAACAUCCUUUAUACUUAGAAGACUAUAUGAAUUUCAUAAAAAAAAUUCCGAUUGAGUAAAUUUAGUAACGUCAUUUUUUGAAGCGAAAGUUGAUGCAGAUUCCUGAGCACCGUACGCAUAAUUUUUAAGAUGAAAACCACAGGAUACGUUUCAGCGAUUGUGAUAGAUCGUCAAUUUGUUGGAGAUGAACACGACACUAUCAAAUUUGAAAUAGAAAAAUUCGUCGAUUAUGUGAAAAGAGAAGUUUUGAAAAGCGGUGGAGUAAAUGCCUUUUAUUUUUCCUGGGCAGCUAUCAAUGUUAAAAGAGAUUUUUCUGCUAUUCUAAGUAUAACAUCAUGUGAGGACACAUGGAGAUUAUUUCGAGCUGCAGAUCCCGAAAAUAUACUUCAUAUGGCUGUUACUGAAUCGGAAUGUCCCCGUUUACCAACAGACAGAGCUAUUACGGUUCCUCUAAUCACAAAGGGCAAGGAGUUAGCUCAAUUGAUGUUAGAUUUCAAGACUGAGGAUAUCUAUGAUUGGAAAUCAGCUGUAGUUAUAUACGACGAAAUGCUAGACAGAGACAUGGCAGGGGGUCUAGUGAAAGCUAUCUCUCAAAGAUCUAACAACGAAGCGAAAGCAACAGGCGUAUCUUUGAUAAAACUUAAAAGACACCUCUCUAAAGAAGACUUACGAGCAGUGCUAUCCACAAUCCAUACAGAUACGGUAGGGACCAACUUUUUAGCCGUUGUAGGCUACAACUUGGUGCACGGUAUGAUGGAAAUUGCCAAAACAUUGAAUCUGGUCAAUACAGAAACCCAGUGGCUCUACGUUAUUUCCGAUACCGAUGCCAAGUUCCAUGACAUAGGCACAUUUAGGAAGAUUCUCAGGGAAGGAGAUAAUACCGCUUUUGUUUAUAAUAUUAGCCAUGCUGGCGAUGAAUGUGUGGGUGGAAGGAAAUGUCAUGUAGAAGAACUGAUCCUCAGUUUUAGUGAAGCUUUAUCGGAAGCAAUAAAAGAUGAAUACGAAAUAGCCAGUCAAGUAUCGGAGGAAGAAUGGGAAGCAAUAAGACCAACAAAAGAUGAAAGAAGAAACUUUCUUCAUGCGAAUAUCAAGAAAGACUUGACCAAGAAUGGAGUCUGUGGCAAUUGUACCUUCUGGAAGGUAUCUACUGGUGAUACGUGGGGUGGGGAAUUUCAAGGAAAAACGAACACAAUAAACCUACAUGACGUCGGUACUUGGAGACCAAAUGAUGGCACUUCUUUCACUGAUGUGCUCUUCUUACACGUCGCGCAUGGCUUUAGAAGUAAAUUGCUACCUUUGGUUUCAUACCACAAUCCGCCAUGGCAGAUAUUGAAGCUGAACACCUCCGGGGAGAUAAUUGAAUACAGCGGACUUGUAUUUGACAUAAUCAGAGAGUUAGCGAGAAACCUAAACUUCACGUUCACCGUAGAAUUGAUCAAUAAAACCACGAUAAAAAGUUUCAACGACAGCAACCUUGGAGCUCAGGAUUAUGCUCUCACCAACGACAUACCCAGAGAUUUGUUGACUUUGGUACAGAAUAAGUCGGUAGCUAUGGGCGCAUGCGCGUUGACGGUAUUGGAAGCCGUGAAAAACUCAGUCAACUAUACGAUACCUAUCAGUACUCAGACCUAUUCUUUUCUAGCAGCUAGACCGAGGGAGUUAAGCAGGGCCUUAUUGUUUAUUUCUCCAUUCACUGGUGACACAUGGCUUUGCCUAUUCGCAGCUAUUAUAUCCAUGGGACCAUUUUUGUACUUUAUAAACAGAUUUAGCCCAGUGUGUGAUUAUAAGGGAAUACCAAGAAAAGGUGGUUUAUCUUCAAUACAAAACUGUAUUUGGUAUAUGUAUGGAGCGUUGCUUCAACAAGGUGGAAUGCAUCUGCCAUACCCAGAUAGUGCAAGAAUAGUUGUAGGAGCAUGGUGGUUGGUCGUUUUGGUGAUAUCGACGACGUAUUGUGGCAAUUUGGUGGCUUUCCUGACUUUCCCAAAAAUCGAUAUUCCCAUCACUACAGUCAAUGAUCUCAUCAAUCACCAAGAUGUGGUAUCUUGGAGCUUCAGGGAGGGGAACUAUUUAGAGAGUCAGCUGAAAGAUGCUAGGGAAGCACGAUAUAGAACAAUAUACAACUUGAGAGUGAAAAAAAGCACGAACUAUACGAAAUUCAUAAAAGAGAUCGAAGAAGGAAAGCAUGUGUAUUUGGAUUGGAAAAUGAGACUACAAUAUAUUAUGAAGGAGCAGUUUUUAGAGAAAGGCAGAUGUGAUUUUGCUUUAGGUAUCGACGAAUUUGUAGACGAAAAUCUUGCAUUUAUUGUUUCUCCAAACUUACCAUAUUUAACUAAAAUAAAUCGAGAGAUAAAAAAGUUGCAUCAAGUUGGACUUAUCCAGAAAUGGUUGAAAGAUUAUCUGCCGAAAAAAGACAGAUGCUGGAAAAAUAGACAUUUGGUUGAGGUUAAUAAUCAUACGGUGAACAUGGACGAUAUGCAGGGAAGCUUUUUUAUACUGUUUUUAGGGUUCACUUUGGCCGUAAUAUGGUUGACUGGAGAAAAACUAUGGUUUAGACACAAAUCGAAAAACCAAAGAAAAGUUAUCCAGCCAUUCGCAUCCUAAUUAUUGUAUGUGUUUAUUUACAUAAAUAUAGUAAUAAAUGAAUAAAAAAUG